UGACCGAGUUUGGGGCGGCGCCGCAGAGGGCCGAACCAGCUUCGAACAGAACGAUAGAUAUUAAAAAGAUGGGUUUGACGUUGAAGACGGUGUAUAUCUUUCCGAAAACUAGCUGGAAGGCACAAUUGGUGAGCAAGUACGCUGUGCCAUACCAGCCAAUAUCUUUCGCUGAGUUAAACUCAUUAGUGAUCUGGGGAAUGGCGGUAGAGACAAUGAGGCGGUCCUAAUAUAGUCAGCUUACAGAUUCAGAGCAAGCUUGCUUCUUUUGGAAUGCUAACACACCAGAGAAACUAGGAACAUGCCGACAAAAAUAGACAUCAACAAUAGGGCAAGCUUGAGACCCGUGGGAUAGACCAUGUCUUCUGCGCUGGACCUGCCGUCCUCCCGACUAAUGGGAGGCUGCUGCUCGCCAUUUGGUGAAAAUCGAGCCAUGAUAGAUAUGGAACAGUUUAGACAUGAUGGAAAAAUUAUUUGGUGGUCUAGUGGGUGAGAAUAUAAAGAGCAUGAGCAUGUUGCUUCGCUAUGCCGAUGCUGAUUCGCUUCUCGGGGCGCAAAAGUUGCAUUUUCACUUCCGAGCCCCGAGACAGUCAACCUUCUCUAUCACUACAACCCUUGCGGUUUCUCCAACGCCUCUAAACGGCACAUAAAUGAUGAAGAGAUCCUCAGUGUCGGAUAACCUGGAGCCAGGUAACGGUCCGAAAAGCUACUCAUGCUUGGCUUGUCGGCAGCGCAAGGUCAAAUGCGACCGGUGCACUCCCUGCUCUAAUUGCGUCAAGGCAGAGAAGCAAUGCAGCUUUAUUCCUCCUGUGCGUGGGAAGCGAAAAAGAACAAAGCCUCCCAGAGAAGGUCUCCAUGCCAAAUUGCAGCGAUAUGAGGAAUUGUUGAAAUCUUAUGGCGUAAAAUUUGAGCCAUCGGGAGAUUUUGAUGCCUCGGGGUCAGAAACGGCAUCUCAGUCUGAUGUUCAGGUGGAUGAGGACGCUGCCCCUCCAAGCCAACGCUCCAACCUUGAAGAGACUAAACCAAGGCUCAUCAUUGAUAAGGGCACAUCUAGGUAUUUUGAUUGUGCUCCGUGGUCUAGCCUGGGAAAUGGACUUCACCAUCCGGAAGUUGGUGAGCCAACUGAUGAGUCAAACAUUCAGGACAGUGGGCUGUUCUUUGAACCAGAACAAAUUGAUAAGCCCAAGAGCCUUUCAAACUUCCACCUCUCGCUCCAGAUGCUCCCAAAGUUAAAGGAAAUCUAUCUUGAUCGGGUUGACCCUAUGAUAAAAAUCUUACAUUUUCCUACUUUCUGGACUGCAGCAACUGAUGGGCUGAGAGAUCAUCAAAGCAUGCCCACAGACUUGGAAGCAGUGAUAUUUGCUUUCUACCUUGCGACAAUCUCUACUCUGGGAGAAGAUGAGUGCCAACAUCUAUUUGGAGUACGCAAAUCAGUCAUGUACUCCCGCUAUAGACUCGCGGCUCGACAAGCUUUAACAAAUGCAGGGUUCUUAUCAACAUCCAGUCCGACGACCCUUCGAGCAUACGCAUUAUUCACGGCGUGUGUAAGAGCAAGCUACAAAUGCGACACCCUAUUUGUCUUAUCAGGCGUUGCCAUACGACUUGCACGCAAAAUGGGGCUCCAUCGGGAUAGCUCGGCUCUAGGGUUGUCUCCAUUCGAAACCGAGAUGCGAAGGCGACUUUGGUGGCAUUUAGCUUAUGUGGACUUUCGCCUGGCCGAGGUGCUGGGCACGAAACCGUCGCUGGAUCUUUCCUGCUGCGAUAACCAAAUGCCCCUAAAUGUCGAGGACGAGGACCUUUACCCCGACAUGGUCAAUCCACCACUGGAACGCCACUGCAUCACCACUACUACUCCUUCCUUGAUCAAAUACGAGGUUAUGGAGAGUUUGCGCAAAUUUUCAACAUUGUGUCCCGGUGAAUUGCGCUGGGAGGCACUCUCCUGCGCGGAUAUCACGAUCAUGGAAAAGGACAGCAUUAUCAGCCACAUUGAGGAUCGGCUGGAAAUGAAGUAUCUGCGGUACUGCGACCCGUCUGACUCGCUUCAUACUUUCGUAUCAGUCAUGAUCAGGACCUCGAUAUGCAAAAUGAAGCUCCUUGCGCAUAAUCCACGACAAUUCGCCAACAACCCCAUCAAAGUUCCUCAAAGCGAGCGCAACAUAUUCUUUGUCAACGCUAUGAAGCUACUAGACUAUGUCAUCUUUAUGCAGGAAGGGUCCCACGGCCUGGAAAAAUAUACGUGGCAUUUUGGAACGAGCGUUCUUUGGAAUGUGAUACUCUACGUGCUCAUCGAAGUUCGGCACCGCAAAACAGGGCCUGACGUUGACAAGGCAUGGAGGCUGAUAGGAACAGUAUUCUCAUAUUAUCCUCAAGUGUUUGAAAGAUCCACCGGCCCUGUAUAUACAGCACUAGGCAAGUGGACGUUGGAGGUUUGGGAUGACCAUGUUGCUGCCUUGAAGGCAGACGGCGUUCCGGAACCAUUAGCACCCGAUUAUAUCAAUGCAAUCAAUCGCUGCCGACGACCAGCAAUAGAGUCACCAUCCACAGCCAAGGUUCGGGCUGUGGAAUCUCAAUCUGCCAUUCAGGAAACGAGUGACCAAGACAGAGUUCAAUCACCGAGUAACGAAGGCAAUGUCGACGAUGGGGGAGCUCUCGACUUCUAUGACUUCCCUAGCCUGCUAUCUUUCGAGAUGGACCCGAACGAAUGGGUCCAGUGGGAACAGUUAGUUGCGGAGCAGGGCGGUUUCUCUCAAGGUAAUAGCAUGUAAUGCUCUGGGGUUAAUUAACGCGCUUGAGGAAUGGUGAACAUCCUCAUUGAGAGCUUCGAUGAUAUUGACUCCCUUGGCAGAUCUCUAUACGCUUAUGGAGGCGGUUGUGAGUGCAAUGUCAUCUUGUUCUGGGGGUCAUCUCAUAAUUCAAGAUG